UCCAGCAGGCGAAAAACAUGGACUACAGUACGGAGAGAUUUGUUAUAGUGUGCCUCUUAGUGAUAAUUACAUUCAUGGCUUAUCACCAACAUAAAAAUCAAAUUCCAAAAAGAAUUGUGGUGAUUGCUCCCUGGAAUACGUCAGAACAAGAAGAUUUUCUUGAUUUAAAGAAUUUAAAAAUGGUGAAAGAAACAAUUCUGUCAAAUGAGCAGGAAGUUGUAAAUUAUACAAAGGACAGUUUACAAAUACCCACAGACAACCCUAAUUUUAGUGAAAUAACCCUUGAAAACAAAGACUUAAAAAGGUUCGAAACAAAAUUGCAAUCAAAUGAGCAAGAAGCUGUAUAUGAUACUAGUGAAACCACGAGUAGCCUAUCAAAAUCGACAGACAAUCCCAUUUUGAGUGCUUUAGAACUUAGUAAACAAUUUAAGUUUGGUGAGAAGUUCUAUCAUAUUGAAAGCAAGGAAACGGAAAACUGGUACGAUGCUUUGACGAGAUGUGAGGAAAUGGGUGGCCAACUAAUUAGUCUCCAAACUGAAGAGGAGUUGAAGGCUAUCAGACCAUAUUUGCAGCCAAGCAGUAACUAUUGGUUGGACAUCAGUAAUGUUUUAUAUGGCGGUGAAUUUAAAUCUGAAUCAACCGGUCAAAAACCUAAAUUUUUUAAUGUAAAUUCAUCCGAUGGAACCAGCUCUUUGAAUGGAGAUUUUUGCAUUGGGCUGAACGCAAAUGAUGUGGAAUAUAUGAAGCCGCUUGACUGCACAACUCCAAACCAUUAUAUAUGUGAGGCAAAUAAUAACUUCAACCAAUAAAAUAAGGCUGUAAAGUAAGCCUUCUUGCAUUUAAAACCACUAA